GAUCUCAUUGGCUGCGUUCCCCUACGUCAUGACGUCCUGUCGUUGGUGAAGAGGCGGAAGACUUGCCUGUAACCGAGGGGACGCAACGGAGCAGCAACAUCCGAGAAAGCCCACGAAGGAUGCCCGUCUACCAGCUCCAGUAUGCGGUGACUGAGACUGCGGGCCGACGGCGCGGUGGAUCCGGUGCAGCAUGAAGAGCCCGGUGCACAGAUGCAGGGAUGUGGAGCACGGGCGCGCGCAGGGCCGGGCCGGGGCUCGGGCCAACUGCCAACAGGCCGAGCAGCGCAUCCCUAUCUCCAAAGACGUGAUCACUUCCUCCGCGGCCUCCGCCAUGUGGUUCAUCAGGGACGCCUGUGGCAUUGUGUGCGCCCUCAUCACCUGGCUGCUGGUGUUGUACGCGGACUUUGUGGUGCUGUUUGUAAUGCUGCUGCCCUCCAAGAAUCUGACCUACAGCAUCGUGAACGGGACCCUGUUUAACAUUCUGGCCUUCCUUGCCCUUGCGUCACACCUCAGGGCCAUGUGCACUGAUCCGGGGGCGGUGCCAAAGGGGAAUGCCACCAAGGAAUACAUAGAAAGCCUUCAGCUGAAACCAGGGCAGGUGGUCUACAAAUGUCCCAAGUGCUGCAGCAUCAAGCCUGACCGAGCACACCACUGCAGUGUUUGCAAACGCUGCAUACGCAAGAUGGACCACCACUGCCCGUGGGUAAAUAACUGUGUUGGGGAGAACAACCAAAAGUACUUUGUGCUUUUCACAAUGUACAUUGCACUCGUCUCUCUUCACUCUCUGGUCAUGGUGGUCUUCCAUUUCCUCUACUGCUUUGAAGACGAUUGGACAACAGGAAAUCCGCAUCAGAAGCACCAUCAGCAGGUGACAAGAGAGUGCAGUUCCUUCUCUCCUCCAGCAACAGUCAUCCUCCUCAUACUCCUGUGCUUUGAGGGUCUCCUCUUCCUCAUCUUCACCUCUGUGAUGUUCGGCACCCAAGUCCACUCCAUCUGUACCGACGAGACCGGCAUAGAGCAGUUGAAAAAGGAAGAGAGAAGAUGGUCUAAAAAAACUAAGUGGAUGAACAUGAGGGCGGUAUUCGGACACCCGUUCUCCUUUUUGUGGUUUAGUCCGUUCUCCACGCCUGACCAUGGGAAGGCAGAGACCUACCAGUAUGUGGUGUGAGAGCUCGAGGCGGCGGGUCGGAACCACAGUGGGGAACGCCGUGCAGCCCCGUUGCUCCCGCCGCUGAACACGAUUUACAUCCCCCACACAUUAGCCAUGGAGCGCUUCCCAUCCGCCCUUUGUUUUGCCGUCCAAAUGCGCUGUACGUUUCCUUUUGUGUUGCCUUGUGCGUUGAGUUGCAGAGAAAAAGAAAGCACUUUCAUUUUGCAAAUUUGUUAUGUUUUGUUUUCUGUUGUUGAAUCCGAAGCUUUUUGUAGAACUAUGUUUCCUCCUGCUUUCCCUUUUUUAUAGUUCGUUCAGUUACAUUCCAAAGAAGACCCAUUGUCUCACUUGGGUCUUGACUCACUUAGCCCUUUUGAUGUCUGGCCAUGCUGGUAGGUUUUAGGUGUUGGGGAAUGGAAUUGAAUAUACUAUAAUAAUUAUUUGUAUAGUUUCAAUUUGCAUGUUUUGUUCAAUCAUACAGAAAUGUGUAACCCUGGACUAUCUGCAUGGCUACAAAGCACUAGUGGUGACCCUUGUUAAAGCAUCUUGUCAGAUGGUGAGGAGUGGAUGACCGUAUGCCAGCAUAGAUGCCCGUUCCACACAACGCGAUUGGUCGAUGCCUUAAUUCUUGCAGUGAAAGACAAAUUGUCCCACCGGUGAUCAUUUUUUUUCCUGUAUGAUAUUGUAACAUUAUUUAUUUUUAAAUUCACCCCCCGGUGAGUAACAGCCUUUCUUCUGAACACAUGAAGGAAGAGUUUAAGCAUCAGCAUUGUUGAUUGGUAAAAUCUUGCAUCAAUGUAUUCAUUGUAAAUACUGAGAUCUGGUGCCCACUCCCUCCUAGACUUUUUAAAAUGUUAUUGAUGGGUAAACUUGCUUUUAGUCUUUAGUUUACCGGAGCUCGUAAAUCUCUUGAAAUAAUCCACACGGCAUGAAAAAGCAUAACAAUUGACCCAGUGUCCCUUGGUAGCCUCGUGCUUGGGCCUCUCUUGACGAGAGAACACAGCUGAAGAAAGUCCCACUGCAGUUCAAUGUAGCCCUGAUGGCUAUUGCACGAAACCAGGAUAAGGGAUUAAGCCGGGAUAUUCCCGUUGUCCUGGAUGAAUUUAGCUGGGACUUGGUUGCACGAAAGCAGGUUGAAUUUAACCAGCCAUGUAACCAUGGCGAUUUAUUCUUUGCAGCUAGCUGGCUCCAGACCAGGCUAACGGCCAGGCUAACGGCCAGGCUAACGGCCAGGCUAACGGCCAGGCUAACGGCCAGGCUAAACUUAAUCCUGGAGUCUCAAGUGUUAAAUCAGCUGCUGCUCUGAUCCCAAACCAACGUCUUUAUUCCGUUGUCUUCUGAAUGUGUUCAGAUUUGUUUCCAUUAACAUGCAUUACUUGUCACUGUUGCUGUCACCAGUUUGAUUUUAAACCUCAGUGGUCCACAACCUUUUUUCUCUCUUUUUUGCAUAUUGUAUGCUUCACUUCCUCAUUAGUUUCCAUAAUUAGUUGCUGCUCAGUGGGUAAAAAAUAUGCAGCGUGCGUCUUCUCCAUUUCUGCAUCAGUAAAUCUGUGAUCGAUACCAUGGCGCCCUUAUCCCAGCUGUCUACAUCUGGAUUGACUUAGCUCCGCCUUCUCAUCCUGACUGCAAACGUGAGCCGAUCACACAAAGUCAAGCUGCGCCUUUUCACUUAUCCUGGAUUUCUUUAUUCUACUUUUGUGCAAUACCCCCCAGGUGUGGACCUGAUUCCGCUCUGAUACAUGCCUGACAUUAACAAAGCCGACCCCCUCCCAUGCCUUGGUUGGGUGUGUGUGUGUGUGUGUGUGUGUGUGUGUGUGUGUGUGUGUGUGUGAGUGAAGAGAAUGAGUAGUGCAGGAAUGAGUCCUAAAAUGUGGGCAUGGAGGGAAACCAGUUUUUGAUUUUUUUAAAGCGUUUGUGUCUUCUACAUGGCGGCUGCUAACAUGUAGGUAAAUGACUACAAAUGUCAUCACUAGAACUCUCGUCUGCCUUUAGUGGGGGGGACGUGGAGUCAUGUGACAGGACUGUAGUUUUUUUUUGUAGCUUAAUGUUUUGUAGCAACCAAGCUUCCAAAUAAUGGAACAAAACAUUAAAGUAUCAAAAACUUUUUUCAGUUUAUUUUCUACAAUAAUGUGAUGGAUCCCGUUGCUGACACACAGACCUCGUCCCUGCACCGCCACAUUCCAGCCUCCUUCCUUAACUUUCAUCAAACACCUUUAAGUACUAAAAUGGCUGAUUGGCACUUUGUACUCACUCUUUAAGAUUUUCUCCCGUGUGAACUGCUGUGUUCUGAAGUGUGCAUUGUAUGCUGCUGUUCUUUGUCGACACGAUCCGUUGUGUAUCCUUUGUUAUCCGAAUGCACGGUGCAGGUGAAGGUUCGUUAGGUCAACGCUGCCGGCGCGAUGACGGCGAGUCAUCGCUGGGGGAGUGAUGGUGAUGGAGAUGAUUUGGGGUUUAUUUUUACUGAAAUUUUGAUUCUUUUUAAAUAUUCUGAAAAUAUUUCAGCAGGGAAAUAAAAAUACUUCUCAGUUGCAAUGCAAGAACAUUGUUUGCUUAUCUUCUAAACGCAUGUAUCUCUUAUUGUUGAGGGCCCUGCUCCACCCAACUGUGUCUCCACCUCUCAACCUGUGUGUCAGUGAGGUUACAGAAGAGGUUUCUGCUCUCCCCCCCCCACCCCCCCCUGGUCCUUCAUUCUGUUCUAAACUGCCUCUUCCCGUGCAAUGUUCUCUCUGCGCUCAUGCAUCCGCUUUGGUUGAUAACUCAUUCCGCCAAAAGCUCUCUGAAGCAGACAACUCUUUGUAACCUUGAGGAGAGGUAAGCUCGCAACAGAGGUGACGUCUAGCUGCCGGGUCACAAGCAUGCUGCUUUCAAUUGGAAGGCCAAAGUACGCGUGAUUUCAGAUUCAGCCAUACGUUAUAUGAGUGAGUGAGUGUGUAACACGAUGCAUGCUCCAUCAUGACAAUUUGACUUGUUUGCUCGUUCCGCAGGUUUAUUUUUAUUUUUGCAUGCGAGUCAUUUUGUACUGUGUUUUACUGAUUGUUGCCGCGUUUCUUAAACAGAUUAGUCAGAACGGAUAUAAAAGUAUUCCACGGACAGACUUCCUAUUGUUUUACAGUACGCAUACGUUUUAUGGACAUUGAAAGAGGAACCACAUCCACGGCUAAUUGGUGUCUUCAGCCCGCUGAGUUAGGCUAAUCAAUUCAAUUUAUUCUGUACAGCCCAAAAUCACAAAUGACCAAUUUGCCUGAGAGGGCUUUACAGUCUGUACACAUGUCCCGAAACCGUCACAUCAGAAGGUUUCUCCCCAUGGAAGGGUUUUCCUGUGCUAAGACGCUCCUUUGUACGAUUUUAUUGAUAUCAACGGCUUUCGAUUCUGCUUCUGCUGGUGAGAAUCUUUUAUCGAUUUCCUCACCUGCUCAUAAUCAAUUCUCUGCAUAGAAAUGGCACACAGAGGAGUCUAAAACCCAAAGUAACAACAAAAUAUUAUGAGUAUUAUGAGGGUAGCGAAAGCACUUUAUACUUAGUACUUAAAAUACUGCAUAACUUUCUCAGCACAUUCCACUGUGACAAGUUGCAUAUUGUCAUAAAAAUGUCCUAAAACGUGACAUUCUAGGGUAGAAACACGCGCAUACAAUUUCAACAACAUUCCCAUUAAUUGUAACAUUUUGAAAUAGUUCUCAACCGGAUUCAGUCCUCGAUUUUACCUUUUACUUCUAAUAUGCAUAUACAAACAUAAAAUUGCGCAAUUUUUUAUGACAUUUCUCGUCAUUGAAAUCACACGUAGAAACGGACCACCUGUCUUUAGUACAAAGGUUCUGUUUCCUCGCUGUGUUGUGCAGACCCAUCUGGUUUGUUUCCCCUCGAACCUCCUAAACUCCACCGGCCCUUUUGUCUGAUACCGAACUUACAGGUAAAACGGACCCUGCCACAAAUCACAAGCAAUGAAACCGUGCGGUUUGUGCUGAAGCCGCGUAGUAGCUGAUCACACUGACCACUUACUCCUUCAACACACAUAAAACAAAUGGGUGCUGUAUUAAGAGAUAUGAUGUAAAUCUAACUAUUUGAGCCUGAUUAGUGUGUGAGAAACAGACCGGUCGGCCGACUCAUCAACCCGUGUCCUCGUUGUGUUCAGUGGUGCAUGUAGAAGACGGCUGUCCGUCUCCGUCGGCCCUCACUGUCGUGUCCUCCCCAGGGAAUCGAGCGGCUGAAGGGGGAGACGGGGCGGUGGGGGAACCUGCCGUACUGGGAGGCCAUGCAGGCGGCGUUUGGCGGCCCCCCGUCUCUGGCGUGGUGCAGCCCCUUCGCACAGCUGAGCUGCAAGAAGAGCCUGUCGGGGCACGUCCCCGUCCCUCAGGGGACGAUCAUCGAGGAGGACGUCAUCGAGAUACCACUCAACUAGUACCGCCUGCACACAGGAAGACCGGCAGCCCCUUCUGGGAAUACGUGCACGCACGCUCAGACUUUAUUGGGACUUUCUGAAAAGCAAGAAACUACCUGGAAUUUGAAUGUAUCUUUUUAUCUCAAAGAAUGUAUGUAAAUGAAAUAGAAAAAUCUACUUUCUCUUCCAGCAUUUAUGCCGUCCUCUGCAGGGUGUACUCUGGAAGUACAAGAACCUUUUCCAGACCAGCGUCUUUCUCUAAAUGUUCUGCCCUUCGUUCCUUCCAGCCUUCACUUGUGUUUUCUGACUUAAAAGGUGAAGAUGGAUUUUAAAUGACCUCAAUGCGUCGUCUCCGUCAGACGACACGACAAGUAGCUCUAAUGUGUCUCUGAAGCUCAAGCAGUUUGUCGUCUCCGCCGCCUUUCUGUGCGUUUCUCUCCACGUUGUGCCUUAUCCUUCCUGACGUGGAGACGGGGUGGACGGGGGAACCCUCUGCGGGACGACUUGCCUUCCACUACUCGUCUCUCUCACUCUGCUGUCCAUGUAACGGACUUCAUGUGGAAGAGCUUAUUGUAUAAGGGCUCCAAAAAGGGUGCUGAUGGCGUGGACGACUCCUUUUCUUUUUUACGUUCACGAUAUUUUAACAAAUGGUCUCAUUUUUUAAUUUUAAAAUAAGUACUAUAACUUCUGUACAUGACAAACGCUAUUGUUUCAAUAGUUCAUAUUGUUAAUAACCAAAGGGAUGGGAAACAAUGGGCUUAUUUUGUUUAUAAACUUGCAUGACGAAAAUAUUCACAAUAAAAUGCAUCAAAACAAAA